AUGCAGAAGCUUGACCUAGUUAGGGAGAAUCUAUACCUAGGCGAUAUAUGCGCAGCUGCUGAGAUUCUCAAGAAUGGUAGCUCUGAGAUUUCACAUGUUCUUACGGUUUUGCACCACCCUUCCAUAUCUGUCUUCGAGGAAUGGCGUAACGUGAAACUAGAAUCAAAAGAAAUCAAGGAAGUGUAUGUUGGUGGUGGUGAUGGUCAAGACUCAUUACAAGGCAAAGAGUUUGCGACAGAGAGCGCGUUACCAUCAGAGAAAGGUGUGUUAGUUCAUUGCUUUGCUGGACAAUCUCGGAGUGCUUCUAUGGUUAUUGCGUAUCUUAUGAGGAUGGAAAAGCUCUUCGGGAAAGAAGCUUUAGCAUCAUUGAGACAAUGCGCUCAGGCUAGUUCCAAUCCUGGCUUCUUAAAACAGUUAGAUUUGUUUGAGAGAGUGAACUUCAAAGUCGACCGUUCCAGCCCUAUUUACAAGCACUUCCGUCUAAAAGCUUUAGGUUACUUAUAUAGCAAGGAUAAGAAAUUUGAUAGAUUGAAGUUGAGAGCUGAUCCGGAAAUAAUGUCGAAUGAGAGUAGUGGUAGUACGUACCAUUGCAAGAAGUGCAAGAGAAUUUUGUUGUUUCAAGAGCAAGUUAUUGAUCAUACUCCAGGUGAGGCUGAUUCAGAGUUCGAUGACAUGUUCAAAAACAUGAUAGGAGAGGUUCGCAACAAGAACCCCGAUGAUCCGAAACAAUGUACUUCCAUAUUCGUAGAGCCUAUCGAAUGGAUGAACACAAUGGAAGAUUUUGUGUCUGAAGGGAAGUUAUUGUGUCCUAAGUGUAGCGCNGACGAUGAAUAA